CCUGAGGAAAAGAGCGGGGCGGGGGUGGAGGAAGGAGUUGGGGGAAGAACUCAAGGUCAGGACAUAAGCAGAGGACUAUAAAGAGAGUGGAGCAUCGGUCUGGGUAUGAGUUGAUUCCUGCUUCCUGUUGCUGCUACAUCUACAACACCAACGAUAACAACAAUGCGUGUUCUGGCCGUGCUGUGUAUGGUGGUGCUGAUGGCCGCCGCUGUGCUAGGUGGACGCAGCUACGGCGGUUAUGGCGGCGGCGGACGUGGGCGUUUCGGCGGCGGCAGCUUCGGCCAUGGCGGCGGCGGCUUCGGCCAUGGCGGCGGCGGCUUCGGCCAUGGCGGCUUCGGCGGCGGCGGCUUCGGCCAUGGCGGCGGAUUUGGCGGCGGCUUCGGAGGCAAGGGCGGCUACCACGGCUAAGGCAACAGACCCGACCACACGCCCACGGCUCCGGCGCGGCCCUACUGACGAAGGCUGCGGCGGCGGGGACGACGGUGGAGUGGAUUAUGAUUACGGUGAAUGUGGAGACUGUCGUGACCAAUAAAACAACCUGCAGGUG